AUGGCGUAUCUCGGCUCCAUCGACCUGGAGCACAGCGCCGGCGUGCGAGAGCCUUCGUUGGCCCAGGCCAGACUGGUGGGGACGGUCGGGGAGGACGGCGGGCGUGAUCUCGCGCUAUUGCAGCGCUGCUGUGGUUGUAUCGUGGCGUCACUGCUCGUAUCUACGGCCAGCGUGUCGGCUCUGGUCGUUGUGGGCAACGAUGUGGCAAGCUACGUCGAGGACGGACCAGAGCUGUGUGUCUCGACGGCACCAUGGCAAGAAGACGAUAGAUACGAUGCGUUUGUGAACGUGGUCGUGCACUACAUCCACAGGAGAUCGGCUCACCGCAGGCAUCAGCGCAGUACCAAGCAGCAGCGUCAGCAACAGCAGGACUUUCACCCCCAGCAGGGACAAGCCUCGUCAUUGCUUGCCGCGUUCCCGCUGCUGACUCCGCAUCCAUCUCUGUCCACCCCGACGCCCCCGCCAAGAGCUCCGUUGCGAUCGCCACAAUCACCAGCUUCUGUCCCGACAAGUCCUCCUAGAUCACCAAGCCCCCCGACAGCGUUUGACCUAACGAGAAUUUCUGGUGUGCUGACAGCGUCUGGUCCAGCGAGGGAUACCAGUUCCCUUGGAGCUCCAUGCUCGUCGAAGUCCGGCAAUCAAGAGAUCGACGCGGUCAGCGCUGCGACGACCAGCCAGAUCAGUGACGACGGUUUCGCUAGCGACGAAGAAUACACGUAUGACGAAGGCGAAGAGAAAGAGGAAGAAGGAGGUGUGCAUGGCGUUAGUGUUCCUAGUCCGGCGAGAGCUCCUAGUCCGGCGAGAGCUCGUCGGACGACGAGUGCUCCUGGCUUGGCGAUAGCUCCCGGUCCACCGAAAGCGGGUAGUCCUCCUGGAGCUCCUAGUCCGCCGAGAGCUUCUAGUCCGCCGAGAGCAGCUAGUGCCCCGACAGCCUCUAGUCCUCCGCCCGGCUCACCAGGAGAGACGACUGACGCUGAGUCCGAGACUGACGAGGACCCGCCGCAAGUUGAUGAAGUACCACCUGAGGAGAGGGCGUAUCCCUACGUGCGCGUAGUUGGUACUGAGCGAAUGACAGAUGGAGAGAUCCGAGCGUGGGUGGAAUGGGAGGACACGCUCGAACCUUUUUCCGCCUUGUACCCUGCGGAUGCACGCGCCCUUGCAAGGUACCUGCGCCGACCACAGCAAAUGCCUAUGUUCAACACCGAGCACAGCGACGGCGUGCGAGAGCCUUCGGUGGAUGAGGACAGACCGGUGGGGAAAGCAGGCGAGGACGAUGGUCGUGAUGUCGCGCUAUUUCAACGCUGCUGUGGUAGUAUCGUGGUGGCACUGCUCGUGUCCACGGCCACCGUGUCGGCCCCGCCACGUCGAGGAGUAGCGUGGAGUGGGCCGAGGAUUGUGUUAUCUGGCAGCACGGAGGCCGAGGCGAUCAACCGAUCGACGCAGUAUCGCGGCUCCAUCGUCCUGGAGCACAGCGACGGCGUGCGAGAGCCUUCGGUGGAUGAGGACAGACCGGUGGGGAAAGCAGGCGAGGAUGAGGGUCGUGAUGUCGCGCUAUUUCAACGCUGCUGUGGUAGUAUCGUGGUGGCACUGCUCGUGUCCACGGCCACCGUGUCGGCCCCGCCACGUCGAGGAGUAGCGUGGAGUGGGCCGAGGAUUGUGUUAUCUGGCAGCACGGAGGCCGAGGCGAUCAACCGAUCGACGCAGUAUCGCGGCUCCAUCGUCCUGGAGCACAGCGACGGCGUGCGAGAGCCUUCGGUGGAUGAGGACAGACCGGUGGGGAAAGCAGGCGAGGACGAUGGUCGUGAUGUCGCGCUAUUUCAACGCUGCUGUGGUAGUAUCGUGGUGGCACUGCUCGUGUCCACGGCCACCGUGUCGGCCCCGCCACGUCGAGGAGUAGCGUGGAGUGGGCCGAGGAUUGUGUUAUCUGGCAGCACGGAGGCCGAGGCGAUCAACCGAUCGACGCAGUAUCGCGGCUCCAUCGUCCUGGAGCACAGCGACGGCGUGCGAGAGCCUUCGGUGGAUGAGGACAGACCGGUGGGGAAAGCAGGCGAGGAUGAGGGUCGUGAUGUCGCGCUAUUUCAACGCUGCUGUGGUAGUAUCGUGGUGGCACUGCUCGUGUCCACGGCCACCGUGUCGGCCCCGUAUCGCGGCUCCAUCGUCCUGGAGCACAGCGACGGCGUGCGAGAGCCUUCGGUGGAUGAGGACAGACCGGUGGGGAAAGCAGGCGAGGAUGAGGGUCGUGAUGUCGCGCUAUUUCAACGCUGCUGUGGUAGUAUCGUGGUGGCACUGCUCGUGUCCACGGCCACCGUGUCGGCCCCGCCACGUCGAGGAGUAGCGUGGAGUGGGCCGAGGAUUGUGUUAUCUGGCAGCACGGAGGCCGAGGCGAUCAACCGAUCGACGCAGUAUCGCGGCUCCAUCGUCCUGGAGCACAGCGACGGCGUGCGAGAGCCUUCGGUGGAUGAGGACAGACCGGUGGGGAAAGCAGGCGAGGAUGAGGGUCGUGAUGUCGCGCUAUUUCAACGCUGCUGUGGUAGUAUCGUGGUGGCACUGCUCGUGUCCACGGCCACCGUGUCGGCCCCGCCACGUCGAGGAGUAGCGUGGAGUGGGCCGAGGAUUGUGUUAUCUGGCAGCACGGAGGCCGAGGCGAUCAACCGAUCGACGCAGUAUCGCGGCUCCAUCGUCCUGGAGCACAGCGACGGCGUGCGAGAGCCUUCGGUGGAUGAGGACAGACCGGUGGGGAAAGCAGGCGAGGACGAUGGUCGUGAUCUCGCGCUAUUUCAACGCUGCUGUGGUAGUAUCGUGGUGGCACUGCUCGUGUCCACGGCCACCGUGUCGGCCCCGCCACGUCGAGGAGUAGCGUGGAGUGGGCCGAGGAUUGUGUUAUCUGGCAGCACGGAGGCCGAGGCGAUCAACCGAUCGACGCAGUAUCGCGGCUCCAUCGUCCUGGAGCACAGCGACGGCGUGCGAGAGCCUUCGGUGGAUGAGGACAGACCGGUGGGGAAAGCAGGCGAGGAUGAGGGUCGUGAUGUCGCGCUAUUUCAACGCUGCUGUGGUAGUAUCGUGGUGGCACUGCUCGUGUCCACGGCCACCGUGUCGGCCCCGCCACGUCGAGGAGUAGCGUGGAGUGGGCCGAGGAUUGUGUUAUCUGGCAGCACGGAGGCCGAGGCGAUCAACCGAUCGACGCAGUAUCGCGGCUCCAUCGUCCUGGAGCACAGCGACGGCGUGCGAGAGCCUUCGGUGGAUGAGGACAGACCGGUGGGGAAAGCAGGCGAGGAUGAGGGUCGUGAUGUCGCGCUAUUUCAACGCUGCUGUGGUAGUAUCGUGGUGGCACUGCUCGUGUCCACGGCCACCGUGUCGGCCCCGGUCGGUCGUAUCAUUCACUGCUAUCCACUGGCAUCGACUGUGGCUUUAGCCACAGGAUCAACCAGGUAA